CAGAAGACCACUCGAUCCCUGUCAGCGACGUCGAGUGAAAACACGCCCGCAACCGGGCAGUGUCUUUAAGGCCGAUACGGACGAUGAAGACGCAAGUUCUCGUGUACGAGACUGAUGUCUGGAGCGAAAGGGAAAUCGAGGGGAUGGUUGAUAAUCACGAGGAGCUAGACUUGUCCCUGGCGAGCAGUCUUCAACUGCGACAUCCAUUGCAGGACCGGUGUAAGUGACAUGAGUUGUACUUGUACAGAUGAUGAUAUACCCGAAGUUUUCUAUCCUAGAUCUUGAUAAGCGCAAGCCUCUACUUUGACCAAAUCAUGGCGAUAUCUACGAUGGCACUCUGCAAGGUCAUUGGUCGUCCUCCCUUAAUCCUUGAAGACUUUGAAUCGGUCCUCGAUCGGCGCGAAACUCUUCGCGGCGGCAUCGGCAGCAGGAACACCAAACGGCAUGAUGGCACUCGACGUCCAUGUCUCCGGGAGACCGAACUCGGCUCUGAUGGCGCUCGCGAGGGCGGGAUUCGCUCCGUAGUGCUGCAGCGAGGCGCCGAGUCCCUCCGCGUCCAGAGCGGUCCACACGAUGUACUGCAGGAUGCCCGCCCCGUUCUGGCUCCACACCGGGAACUGCGUGGCGUAUCUGUUCAUAAGAAAAAAGACUCCGAGAUCAGCAGAGCGAACGUGGGUGGGGCGAAUGGCUCCGUACGCAGGUAUCUUGGCGAUCAGCCCGUCGACGACGGCCUGGUCCUCCCAGAACAGGACAGACCCGUAGCUGUUCGUGAAGCCGUCGAUUCGUUUCUCCGCUGCGUCUUUGCGGUCGCCUAGGGAAACAGCAUCAAUGUAUGCAGGCCAAACGUCAAGCACGAAGCAGCAGACCAUCAAGACCGGCGACAGCCGAUUCGCGCACCAGCGACCAGAGCUUCUGGUUCUUUUCUCCGAGAACGAGGACUGCGCGCGCGGACUGCGAGUUGAAGGACGAGGGCGCGUUCAGCAGGGCGCUCUUGAUGAUGCCCUCGAGUUUUUCGUCCGGGAUGGAGGACUUGGGCGAGAGCGCGUAGCGGCUGCGGCGGGCAGCGACAGCGGCGAGGAAGGCGGUAGACAUUGUAGGCUAGGUUGGGAUGAGCGGGAUGGGAGGUGAGCCCAUCCCCCGCCCGUCUUUAUGGGACCCGACGAGAUGGAUGAACGAAUUAUGCGGAUGAUGUGUAAGAUAACGAAAUCACGCCCACGCAACGACAUGACUGAGGAGCGUGCGCUGAGCGAGCACAGUGGGCCUGCUGGUCGGCCUGAGCUUCGGGAUUAUGCUAUCGAUCGUCCGGGUAAUUGCCAGGGAAUCAGCAUACGGGCGACCUCGCCUGGUUGAAGUUCAAUAUGAAUAUCAUGUCUUGUAAAAGUCACGUGGUGAUACGCUUCUUAGAUCGAGCUCUUUCGAGUGCUACAUGCCCUUGUAAGUCAACUACCGCGGAAUAAAUGGAGGAGUCGUCUCUUUCUUACACUUCUGAAUCGGAAAUCGCAUCUUCAGUGCAGGAAGAAUAUUACGUUCCGCCAAUCCUCAACCAGCUAGCUCACUGAACAGCUGAUGGCAUCGAGUAGCAUGCUGUUGACCGUGAUGAACUGGCACACGAAUGCCUGGAGAAGUUUACAGAUGGUAUUUUUAUAUCUCAAAUUCUGCCCGAAUCGAUUUGUUCGAUAUUUCUCCGUUACUUCCAUAAGUGCGUUGUUUCCAAAUAGAAAAUAACGCGUGACUCUCAUUCAAGUUGAAGAUGAAGUCUUGAGCCGUAAGAAGAGCUGAGGGGCAGUCUUGGCGGGCACUUUGGGACUCGCAGCCUUCGACGCGCUGACAGUACCCGACAUUCACCUAUUCCCAGCAUCUGUGGACAAGCGUGGGACGGUGAGGAACCAGCUCUGACAGGUGGAACGGGCAGUCGAGAUCCUUAUUCGCCGCCAGUGGCAUGUCUCAAAGUGAGAGCUUAAUGGCUAUGAUUUCACUCCAGGCGGAUGAUAACGAGCGCCACGCACAGAAAAGCCCCUCGUCGCGGAGACUUUCGAGUUCUCGGCCAAAGACAGAGCGCAACAUUCCGCGAGGAUUUGCCCACAAUGCCAGCGGACAGGUGAGCCCGCACCCUGAACUUUUGCGCGGUGGCAAUGAGGGAGCCCAGGCUCGGUAACGACGGCGACAUCGCAGACGACAUUCGCCAGGUUCCUACCUCUCAAAAAGCAGGCAGUGUGGUAUUGUACGAAAUGUGAAUGGAGGAGGGCGAUCAACGAGAGGUGAGUAGGGACUAGUAACCUCGUAGAACUCGCGGCGCGUAAGACUGACAUGUGUUGAGAGUUGGGAACCAGCCGUGUCAAAGAGCGCGAUCAUAGGACGGCCGUCGACCAGUGAAGAGGUCAAUCCCAUGUAUAGGAUGGCGGAAAUGUGGUAUCGACCACCUGCAGAUGUGUUGACCGAACCACAAGCCAAUCCGAAGCACAGCGUGACGGAGGAGGGUCGAAAGUAAUGAAAGUUUGAGACUGAACACUUUUUGUCUCGCGCUGCUGUGACUCACGCAAGAGAGCAGCUCAGAAAGCGCCGACUGCUGAGUCGGAGGCUGGCACGGUGACGGCAAGGUGGCACAUGUCCCAUCAGUGCAUCAGGCUCACAUGAUCAACGGGUGUCGGCCGGUGUCAAAUCUGUGGCUGUGGCUGGUCAACAACGGCGGAGUUGGAAUUCAUUUCGACGCGCUCCUCCAUGUCUGCUACACUUCCGAUCACAUAAACCAUUUCUUCAGCCCUCAGACGCGACUAGGAAGCGUGUCUUCAAACUUUGCUCAUCCGACCCUCCGAACUGCAGUCCCUUCCCAUGUCGCAAUCACAAUCGCAAUCGGACGAAGAAGGGCGCUUCUCUCCGCAUUCGAGCGAUGAUGAGAAGCUCUAUGAGGUUAUCGAGAUCUUGAAGGAGAGCAAGUCGAAGUACUUGGUCAAGUGGGCAGGCGUGGACAGUAGAGGCAAGCCCUGGCCAGAUGAUUGGGUGCCGAAACAAGAUGUGACGAAUCAACUGGUAUCGACCUGGAAGAAGAAGAAGGCUCUGCUGCGCGAGAAGAAAGCUGAGAAGGCUGCGCGCGCUACAUCGAAAGCGUCCACUGCUCGUGCGCGUCGUGCAUCAACAAGUACUACACCCCGCGCACAACGCUCGACCCGUUUCUCCUCGCACACUAGUGCACUUACUGGCGAUGGUCACCGGGAAGAUGUCCACGGAGCCAUCUCGACUACUUCAACUCUCGGAAAGAAGCGUCGACGUUCACAGCCUGUUCCUGAAGAAGAGGAAGAGGAAGAGGAGGAGCAGCGGCCAGAGCCAGCAUCCAGUCGGCCUCUUCCUCGCAAGCGGCCUCGGUUGGUUGACGAUCAGGAGGUUCAACCCCAGCCCGACCCUGCUCCUCUCUCUUCGGUCGGCAGCCGAUCCAAGAGCAGAGAGAAACGAAGUCCAGUCCUUCUGGACUCGAAGGUCGAGGAGGAAGAGGAGUCUGGAGAUAUCUCUGCACUCGAGCCAGAGCACGCGCAUGGACCAGAAGAGCUGCAGCUCGACUCGCAGGCGCUCUCUCCAGGGGGAAUAGAGCGGCUAGCGCAAUUCGACCUCGAUAUGAUGCAGCCAGCACAGACGCAGAAAAGCCAACCGCUAUUUCUGGCAGCCUCGGAUGACGACAGCGACGACAAUUUGUUGUCCCCGCAGCGCUCACCCGCAAAGGCGCCGUCCCUGUCUUCCAUUCCCGUUCGUCGAGCGAAAUCACCAGUGGUAUCCGAUUACGAAGGCGAAUAUCAGUCGCCGUCACGUCCUCGGGCUUCCUCCUCACAUCGCGUAAUUGACCAGUCGUAUCGCUCGGGAGAUAUCCCGGAAACUCAAUCCGCGUCGCCUUCGCCGCUAUCUGCGCCGAAACGUCCGCCGAAAGAGUCUACGGCUGGCCAAACAAGGAGGCGCUCACCUGAUGAGGGCCUAGCUCCGAUUCCUAUGAUGACUGCGUCCCGAUUCGUUGCCCGUGCUGGUCAGAAUGGGAUGUAUGCUAAUGAAGGGGACGAUCUGGAUACCCCGAUGAGUAGCAUCGAACAGUUCAGCUCGCCCAUCAAACCAGACGCGCAUGCGGUGAAGAAGUUGAAACGACGUUCAUCGAAGGCAGAAGAGUUGAUCAGGAUCCCCAUACGAAGAGGCUCGGAAGCGCGCGAGGAGCAGGGGGUUGCGAUCAAUCACGACGUCGUCGUCGCUCGCGGUGUUGAGCUGGCAGCGAAGGCUUAUAAGGAGCGUCGUCAGGAGGCAGCGGCGUAUCGGAUGUUCGACGCGCCUCGCGUUUGGCAAAACCCGGAAUCGCAGACCCAAGCGGCGACGAGUCAGAGCGUUACCGAGGCCGAUGGUAUGGAGUCGAUUGUCAGGAAGACCGAGUUUUCUCCCGCGACUCGGUUUGCUAUGCGGGAGGAGGAAGAGGAGAACACCCAGGACUUGCUCAAUGAACGACUCGGACUGCGACAAGAAGAGGAAGAGGAGAAAGGUGCAAGUGAUAUGGAGGACGUCCAGGAACAACUUUCAGAGCCCGAAGUCCAGCUCGAGGCUCAGUUCUCGGAGCACGAGACGGAGAUAGAGCCAUCGGUCGAUCUCGACGCGGCAGAAAAGUCCGCUUGGAACAUCGAACAGGCUUCGCAGCGAAAUACGUCCGAUCGACUGGAGCCGGCGGAGGAAUCGAUAGAGUUGAAAUACCCUGCUGAUGCAGAGGAUGAAGGAGGAGCGCCCGAUGAACUUGGCGAACUGGCCUACCCCAGCAACGACGACGACGAGGCUGCCCCCGUCAUUAACGGCAGGACGGCACGGACUCGAUCCCCCUUUGUACAUCCUUCCAAUGAGAGCUAUGAGCUUCCACCGACUGCCUCCACUCGCGAAGGAGGUGGAGAUCUCAAAUCGAGCCAUCCGGCGGUCGUUCUUGAUCCAGAUGCCAUGAUGACUUUGUUGAACCACAAAUCUGAUGAAUGCAAGCAACUCGAGGCUGAACUGAGCCAUGAACGAUUAGCUCUGGUAGCCCAGCGAGCGAAGAACCACAAUCUCGAACAGGAGAUUCAAUUUCUGCAAUCACAACUUGAUCAGGACCCUCGCGUAGUCGUCACAGAUGCGGCCGACGAAUCCUUGAUUGCAGAACGCCAGCUCAAGGACGCGGCGAUCGCCGAGCGGGACACUCUACAGAGCAAGCUAGCCGAUGCCGAAAAGCAGGUCGAACUGUUCCGCGAGUACUAUGGGAAAGCAUCCGAGUUCGGCAGCGAAAAGUCGAAGGAGAACAAAGCACUACAGGAGCAGCUGACGAUGGCAGAGAGUGCCAAGACUCAGGGUGUCGCUUUGGUCAGGGCGACUUUCGAGAAACGGAUCGAACAGCUCCAGACGGACGCCAACAGCUGGCGUAAUCAGGCUGAUUUCCUCCGGCAACAAGCCAUCCGAACGAACGACGACGGUCUCAGGAGGCGGGCCGCUGAAUACCCGGAGCUCCACCGACGGUACGAGAAGCUGGUCUUUGACAACGAAGUGUAUCAGGACCGCCUGGACGCUCAGGACGAGGAUCUGCGCGCCAAGAUCGACGAACUGCAAAUGCUACACGAACAAAUCGCCGAGCUCAAAUCACAGGCAGUAGUCCUGGAUGGAAGGAGUCAGGUAUAUCGAUGUGCGUGGCGAAUAGAAGGAUCGGAACUAGCUUGCCCGGUGUUCUGCACCUCAAGAGAGGACCUCGUCAUCCACGCUAGAAUGCACGUGCUUCAACCCCCUGAUCAUUGAAUGGACGACUACCCCGUAUAGUGUGUAUCUGUCUGUAAUCUGUAGUGUAACAACAAGUCGUGCAACAGAUCACGUUACCGCGAAUAAUCUUCCCUCCCGUUGCCAGUCCACAGUCGUCUAUCCCUUUCUUAUCCCUCUGGCCCGCCUUCGUUCUCCAACCUCAUCGCCUAGCGCAGGACCCAGCGAUGUUCCUAUACCCUCUUCUACAUUUUGCAAUAUCUGCUCUACUAUUCGAUUUCGCUCGGGCCUAUAUCUACCCGACAUUUCCUGUUGCCAACUCGCGACUCGCCCCGGGGAAGAACGCGACGCUCAGAUGGAAGGACAACGACAAGCACCCCUUGAUCUCUGAGAUGAACGCGGUCAGGAUCGAUCUGUGCACACCGAACGGGACCGUGCUGCACAAUCUCGCUCAGGGCGUGGAUCCGGCUGUCCUGCACAGAGUCGUGCACAUCCCCAACACGCUGUCGUCUGGAACUUUCGCGAUCACGUUCAAAUGCGAUGACCCGCCCCUCCGAAUGUGGACCGCGGACUUCACGAUCGACGCGAACCCGGACGCGGUUAGCAGCGUGUCGGCUGACGGCGGCCCGGCCACGCAGACCGCAGUCGAGACCGCUCAGACCGUGGACGCAACGAACACACAGACGCAGACGCAAGAAGCUGACGACGAGGUGACGCUUGUUCUCCCGGAUGCGACGGUCGUGCGCUCGCUCCUCGCGAAUCCGACCAUGGGUGCCUCGACGACGGUUGUGGCGGAUCCGCUGCCGCAGGUUGGAGGUGCGGGCACGGGACUGAGUCACAUACUGUCUCAGGAUCAGAAGGGAGGAGCGAGUGCGAGAGGAAUAGGCGGGGAGAUGAUGAUGGGAGUGACGGUGAUGGCGGUGGUUAGCUUACUUAGCUUGCCGGUGUAGUCCUGCUGCUCCGCGUUUGUAUGAGGAGCAUGAAUUGUAUUGUAAAACAUCCCAGCAUUUACAUAUCUUCUACACUACACGUCUGUUAGCU